AUGUUAAUACGGUGGAAGAACAAGGACAAAGAUAAAGACAAAUGUGAAAAGACUUCAAAUCAAAAGCAAAAUUCAUCGGGAACGUCGAAGAAGAAAAGGAAAUUCGGCAGAGAUGGGGAAACAGAUACUUCCAAAAUAGUCGAUUGGGAUAAAAUAAGGGAAAUAAGUCGAAAUAGCAGUAAUUUACAAACAAAACGUAAGCAGCAUUUAAAUAACGUACGAGAUCUUUAUUUGGAUGGUAGAAUAGACGAUACUUUAAUUAUCGAAAAAAUUGUAUCUCCAAAAUUUGGUUCUGUUAAGGACCUUGCAUCAAUUAUUGUAUCGAACUUUACUGAAGAAGAAAUUUCCCUCGAACACAUUGAUGCCGUUAGCUGUGACGUUACUAAUACCAAUACCGGAUGA